AUGUCAUCCAAAACACCAGCCAAAAUUGGAAGUAAUCCCCUUGCUUUUCUGGAUGUGCUAAAGCAGGUCACAUCUUUGAAGUUUACAUCAGUUUUUAGUUCUCGUUCAUCCAUACAAAUCGACAACUACAUCUUCAAGCUCCAUUCUACGGUAACCAUUUACAUUUUAACCAUCUCCACUGUUUUUGUUGGUAUGAAACAGUAUUUUGGAGACCCAAUCGAAUGUCUGAAUCCUGACUCAGCUACUUUAACUCGAGCUCAGAUGCAAAAUUUUUGCUGGAUGGAAGGAGCGUUCACCAUCAUUAGUAGUUAUGCAGGGCAUCCAAAAAGCCUAGGUGAAGUGACUGGACUGGACAAUGCCUAUCCUGGAGUAAAAGGCUACAAUCCACAAAAAGGUGAUCUUAAAAUGCCCCAUAAAUACUACCAGUGGGUUUAUUAUAUAUUAUGCAUUCAAUGUAUCCUAUUUUAUGCACCAAAGUACUUAUGGAAGAGAAGAGAAGCAGGAAGACUACAAGAUCUGAUUGAUAAAAUCAAAGACCGACACAUUCUUCAGUACGAGGGUCUAGACCGAUUCCUUGUAGUCAAAGAUACUUUAGAUGUGAUGCUGAUUGCUGACGAGUUUUUUAGCUGGAUCUUUUUCUCAGAAAUUCUCUACCUUUUACAUAUCGUAUUGGAAAUAUUUUUCCUAAAUGCAUUUCUUGGUGGAAAAUUUAUAAUGCUCGGUUUUCAAUGGCUUCACUAUACACUCAACUCUGAUAAUAUUGCAUUCGAUCCAUUGAUUAGGAUGUUUCCCCGUCUGACCAAAUGCGCAUUCCAUAAGUAUGGUACUUCUGGUUCUCUAGAGACUUUCGACACACUAUGUUUCAUGCCAUUAAACAUAGUCAACGAGAAAGUUUUUAUAAUGCUUUGGUUUUGGUUUAUGGUUCUUUUACUAGCUACAAUUUAUCAUAUUCUUAUUUAUCGAACUAUUAUGAUCUCAAUACCUUGGUAUCGGUACAAAAGACUCACAGCUCUUGCUCCAGCUGCGGAUAAACGUUUUCUGAAAAAAAUAUCUAAGCGUCCUGGUCGGUGGUUUGUAAUGAAUACAAUUGCAUCAAACUUAAAGCCUUAUUACUUCGCAGACCUUCUCGAUAAACUGCAAGAAGAUCAUUACACCAAAAAUUUCCGCCUUGAUAGCAGAGUGACCAUGAAUGAUUUCGUUGUCGAUGGUAAAGUUCCUUGUACCGCACCAACAGCACCUCCCAAAUCGAAGCCGCCACCGCCUGGAUUUAUAACUCAAGAACAGCCAACAAGUUCUGGUGAAGAAAAUGCUAAUAAGAACAAUGCUUCGGAUGGCUGGGGAGAUGAUACUAAUACUAAGGACGAUGGUUGGCCAGUGGAAGAAACUAAAAAUGACAAUCUUGGUAUUGUUUGGUAA